UUAGUCUAUGGUAUGCUUGAGUUUUGACGUUUUGACAACGUAUUGAGCAAAAUUCGAUUUUCAUGAUUUUAUUUGUUGAAUUUCUUGAAAAUAAUUGCAUUUAGCCUCGCUGUACAGUGCAAAUGUUAUUGUUACGUCUUAAGUGUUAGUUAAAAUUGUGCAAAAUGAUCAAAGCGAUAUUAGUCUUCAACAACCAUGGAAAGCCGCGGCUCUCAAAGUUCUAUCAGUACUUCAAUGAGGAUAUGCAACAACAGAUUAUUAAAGAAACAUUCCAACUUGUGUCCAAGAGAGAUGAUAAUGUGUGCAACUUCCUAGAGGGUGGCAGCUUAAUCGGAGGGUCAGAUUAUAAGCUCAUCUACAGGCACUAUGCCACAUUAUACUUUGUGUUUUGUGUGGAUUCUUCAGAGAGUGAACUUGGCAUACUAGACUUAAUCCAGGUGUUUGUAGAGACGUUAGACAAGUGUUUCGAGAAUGUGUGCGAGCUGGACCUGAUCUUCCACGCGGAUGCGGCGCACCAGGUGCUGGAUGAGCUGGUGAUGGGCGGCAUGGUGCUGCAGACCAACAUGGCCGACAUCCUGUGCCGGCUGCAGGAGCAGAACAAGAUGCAGAAACAGGAGGCGGGUAUAUCAGCAGCCCCAGCCCGGGCCGUUUCAGCCGUCAAGAGCAUCAACCUGCCGCAGCAGCUCCGAGACAUGCGCCUGCCCGACCUGCCGCAGGCCAUCAAGGACCUGAAGUUCUGACCGCUGUCCCAAGGCGCUUACAACGCCACGCCCGUCUCCAUAGCAACCAACAUCAUCAACACAAUCUACCCGCAAAACGACAAGUACCAGAACCUACACAAACCCACCGCAGAAUUCUCCAACAAGUUUUUCGGCUCCGAAACUCUAAGCACCAAAUUCUCAGAGAGUUUUACCAGAACUGAGUAUGAAAAUUAUCAGCAAGCUGAAGGGGUUAAUUUUCCGAAUUAUGAAGGGGGUAACACAGAUGGUUAUCAAGAUAUUAGUGGGAACAAUGUGGUGUCAUAUGAGGAUGUCAAGAAACGAAAGAAGAAGAAAAGAAAUAGGGUUAUGUUUGAAAGUUGAAUAACUUCUGAGCCGAAUAUGGGUUUGAUAGUUUACGAAAACGAAAAAUGUUUAGGUUUUCUUCUGUCAUCUGCAUACAUAAUUUCUCAAAGGUUACCUACAUGGAAGUUUCCGCUAGAGGCGCCACUUUGUAUGGGAUAAAACGUGAACUUUUAUAGUUUUCGGCAAACUAUCAAACCUGUACUAGACCCCCCUGUUCAAGACGUACUGUUAUUAUAAUGGUGUAACUUAUAUGUAUAUACCGAUGGAAGUAAAUAUGCGGAUUUGUGUAAUAAAUAAAGUACUCAUCUUAAAUAUCAUUAAGAUUGGAUAAAAUAACUUAUAUUUUGUAUUGGAUGCUAAACUUAUGUGUGUCUAUUUUGUGUGGCACGAGAAAUACAAUCAUGUAUCUUAAAUCUUAAACAAAGUUAUUAAAAAUAUUCUAAAUUAAAUUAGGUAAUUAUAUUUUAGAGAGCUUAUGGUAUUAUAAUAAAAUCAUUCCUUCAAUUAAAUAAAUAAAUAUUAAUUUUUAGUAAAAUGCACGCGUCAUGCAAUAUCUCACUAUAGCUUUCACGUUGUGUUGUGUACGGUUGCUGUAGUGUCUGGUUGCCUGGUUUAGCAUAUAAAUUAUUAAUAUUAAGAAAAAUAUAUUAUACGUUACAAUUUAA